GGUGAGCGAAUGCUAGGCCCUCUCAAGUGGGCGAUGGUGCCCUGCAUCGGGAUGUCUGCAGCCGGCGUCGCCAACGCCAUCAUUUUCACCUCCAGCAGGUUAAACUUCGUUGGCGGCAGGGACAAUGUCUUCCCUCGAUUCCUGGGAAUGGUGAAUGCUAAAAGCAGGACGCCGAUGCCGACAGUGCUACUCGUGUUCGCCUUUUCGCUGGUCGUUGUAUGUCUGGGUGAUGUGAAGAGCAUCAUCGGGACUUACUCCUUUGUUCGGGCUCUGCCGGAAGCUGUGGCUAUAAUGGGCAUAUUGCGUCUGAGGAGAAAGUUCCCAGACACUCAUGACGUGUACAAGGUUCCCCUGGUGUUCCCAAUCAUCUUCGUCGUGUUCUUCUUGGCGUUGUCAGUGACCGCCAUAGCCUACCAACCGGUCAAGUUCCUCGUGCCCCUGGCUAUAGUGUUUCUGGCUGUCCCUGCGUAUCUCACAUCUGUCUCAGACUGGUGGCGAAAAGGCCCCUACAACUCAUUCAAUGCAACAAUGGUAACCAUCUGUCGCCGACUACUUCUGUGUCAGCUGGUGGACGCCCCACAAAACUUGAUGUAGAUGUUGCCACGACAUCGUCUCCAAUCGUCGACCUUAGGAUGUAGAUACUGCCACGACAUCGUCUCCUCUCACCUGAUCUUAGGAUGUAGAUACUGCCACGACAUCGUCUCCUCUCACCUGAUCUUAUGAUGUAGUUACAGUCACGACAUCGUUUCCUCUCACCUUAUCUUAUGAUGUAGUUACAGUCACGACAUCGUCUCCUCUAACCUGAUGUUAGGAUGUAGCAACUGACACGACAUCGUCUCCUCUCACCUGAUCUCAGGAUGUAGAUACUGCCACGACAUCGUCUCCUCUCACCUGAUCUUAUGAUGUAGUUACAGUCACGACAUCGUUUCCUCUCACCUGAUCUUAUGAUGUAGUUACUGCCACGACAUCGUCUCCUCUCACCUGAUCUUAUGAUGUAGUUACAGUCACGACAUCGUUUCCUCUCAC